CCCCGCACUACGUGCACGCCCGGCCGCCCCUUGGAGCGCUGGUACCCUGGUCCGGAAGUGACGCGACGCUUGGGCUGCGGGCUACACGCCCGCAUUCUCUCAAGGCCGCACCCCGAGUCACCCCUGAGCAGCAUGGCUCUGCAACUUCUGCUCGUCCUCGUCUUGCAGGCCGGGAGCUGGGCUGAGUUGAGCCCCGCGGAUCUGGACCUGUCUUCGGUGCCUGUACCAACCAAUAUUAGAUUUGAGGCCCAUAACUUUAAUACUGUCCUACAUUGGGACUACCCAACCAUGCCACAGACCCCUGUUUUUACUGUACAGGUAAAGAACUAUGGGGAAGCAAUAUGGAUUGAUGCCUGCAAUACCUCUCAUCAUAAUUGUGAUAUCUUUUCCGUAAUUAAUGAUCCGUCACUUUCUCUCUGGGCCAGAAUUAAAGCUAGGCUUGGACAAAAAGAAUCAGCCUAUGUAGAGUCCAAAGAAUUUAUUUUAUGUAAAGAAGGGAACAUUGGACCACCUGCAGUGGGUAUCAGAAAGAUGGAAAAUCAUAUCAUCAUUGACAUAUUUCACCCUUUAACUAGUAUAAGUGGAAGAGAGCCAGUACCCAUAUAUGAUGAAAAUAAUUGUCACAUAUUCAUAUACACGGUGAAUUUGAGAAUAAAUGGAAGUGAGACCGUAUAUAAAACGACAGUAGAGAAUGAAGAUGAUUGCAAUGAGACUCAGUGCCACCUUGUUAUCCCACUGUCCUCCCUGAACUCUGACUACUGUAUUUCAGUAAAUGGCGCCUCAAAAGAUUGGCCUGUUAAGACCGAGAUGUCCAAAGAACUUUGCAUUACCACUUCUGAUGAUCGCCGCAUGGAAGAUUCUGUUUGGAUUCCAAUUGUUGCUGUUCUCCUGUUUCUAGUGCUUAUGCUGGUAUUUGUAUUUUGUUACACUAAGAAGAUGAAUCCAUGUAAGAGGGAAAGCAUCAUGUUACCCAAGUCCUUGCUGUCUGUGGUAAAAAAUGCCUCCUCAGAGACAAAAUCUGAAUCCAAGUGUAUAUCACCCAUCACCUACCAGCCGAUUGUCCCCGAAAAUGAGAAGAUGGUUUGGGAAGAGCAGUUGUCUCCAGCAACAGUUGCAGGGACACCCAAUGAAGACAACCUAGGAAAAAUGGAACACCGAGAAGACGUUUCCAGUGAAAUAGAAGUGGUGACCAUUGAAGAAAAUACUUCUGACAUGGCUCUUGGUAGCCCUCUGAACCCAGGAAUGAGAGAGAAUUCUGUCCAUUCAAGUAGUAACCAGUCUGAACCCUGUGUCGUCGCCUUCAACUCCUAUCACUCCAGAAAUGGUUCUGACAGUGGCGUUGUGGAAUCUGAUGGCUUCUUAUCUGACUCAGAAUUUCCCCCAAAUAACAAAACUGAAAUGAAGCCCGAAGUUCAGGAGUGUGUAGUGCUGAGAAACACCAUCACCUCCUUUGGUUACGACAAGCCGCAUGUGUUAGUGGAUCUGCCUGUGGGUGAAGGUGGUAAGGAAUCCUUGAUUGGUUAUAGACUGACGGCAGAUUCUUAAGAGUUUUCCUAAGGUCAAUGACGAUGUGCCAACUUUGAAGGAUCGGCUUUUCCCAAACAGUUUUUCCGCUUUGAUUUCAUGAAAGGAUCAUUCUUGCAGAAAUUGUAUCUUUGUCGAUACUAACCAAAUAGGAGUAUCUGGGUUUACAUAAAGUGCAGCGAGGCUCUUUGGUGCUGUUACAUUUGGUCUGAAAACUGCAAAAG